AUGUCCUUUACACCUCCCUCGGAUCCGAAAAAACCUAAAAAUGUCAAAGUCUCGCAGUUGUGCGAGCUUUGUCACGCUAGAAAGGCUUUAAUCAAAAGGCCAAAAAACUUGCAGAAAGUUUGCAAGCUUUGUUUCUUCCAUGUGUUCGAGACUGAGAUUCAUAACACGAUCGUCUCCAACAAGCUCUUUGAAAAGGAUGAAAAAGUCGCUGUUGGUGCCUCCGGUGGGAAAGACUCGACGGUUUUGGCUUACCUGCUGAAAUUACUCAACGAAAGAUACAAUUAUGGAAUUCACAUCGUCCUGCUGAGCAUAGACGAAGGUAUAGUGGGAUAUCGAGACGACUCUCUUGCAACCGUGAAGCGGAAUAAAGAACAAUACAAUCUGCCUCUGGAAAUUGUUUCUUAUCGUGAGCUGUAUGAUUGGACAAUGGAUGAAAUCGUGGCAUGUGCGGGCGUCAGAAAUAGCUGCACCUACUGUGGGGUAUUCCGUCGGCAGGCCUUGGAUCGUGGCGCUGCCAAACUGGGCAUUAAGCACGUUGUGACGGGUCACAAUGCUGACGAUAUGGCAGAAACAGUUUUGAUGAAUAUAUUACGAGGCGACGUGGCCCGUCUGGAGAAAUCGACGACCAUCAUGACCCAGAGCAGCGGGUCUCCGAUCAAGCGGUCUAAGCCUUUCAAAUAUGCCUACCAGAAGGAGAUUGUGCUUUACGCGCACUAUAAAAAGCUUGACUACUUCUCUACGGAGUGCACAUACGCUCCAGAAGCAUUUCGCGGUACUGCUCGUGAGCUCAUGAAAAACCUGGAGGCAGUACGUCCCAGCUGCAUUAUAGACAUAAUACACAGCGGCGAAAGUCUGCGAUUGCGACCCAAGAAGGCCAAGCGUGCUCCGCCCGCUAACCACAUGGAGGUCCGCAGCGAUGGGUCCAUAUCGCUACCACGACAAGGCUUUGUCGACGGGAAUCGCUGUGAGAGGUGUGGCUAUUUGUCCAGCAACAAGAUCUGUAAAGCUUGUAUGCUGCUUGAAGGUCUUCAACAGAACAGAGCGAAAAUGGCCAUUGAUAGCGAUACCUCCGUCCAUGGAGCUGCGAAACUGACCAGAACGCUAGAAAAAUUGACUUUUUGA